UUGGCGCACUUUAGCCCGGUGCUCUUGCGCACUGAACGUUAUCGGCUUCGAAAAUUUUACUUUUUAACUCAAAGUCAUUUAUAUAAGAGAAUUAUUCUUCACAUUGAAACGUUACACUUCACAAUAUUGUUACAUAAAUUACCCCCGGGCGCGUUGUUAUUGUGAACGUUUCUAGCGACUGCAGUAUUAAAAUAGAAUCUUUUAUUAGACUGUUUUGACCCCGAUUGUGAUUUAGCAGUUUCUGGAUGCGACUGUACAAAAUGGAGCUGUCGCACGCAUUUUGUGGUUAUGAAUGAAAAAGAAGAGAAUCCGCAAGUUACCAUCUCAUUGACGGUACCAUCCAUAAAAACUGAAUCAGGAACACAAACAAUUACUGGUGCAAAAGUAUCUACAAAACAAGAGGACGACGAAAUGGACGACACAGUUGAGAGACCGGCUAUGUCUAUACGAAAACGAAGAAAUAUUUCUAAAAACAGGGGUCAAAAUGCGAGGCAGCGAGAAAAAACACCAGAACCCAGUAGAGCAUCUAUUCCUCACGAAGAUACUCCGACUUCAGAUGAUGAGGAUUUUGGACCACAAAGAACAUCACGAGAAAUUGAAGCUGAUAAUACAUAUGAAGAAAUGAGACGUUUGGUACAAGAAAGGGCAAAUGAAAAAGACCCUGUGUAUGAUUUAGACACUGAUGAAAUUCUUGAAGCAAGAGCAAUGGAAGCUAAUGAAAGGAGAAGAAGGAGUAUAUCUCCAUUUGCUUUACCCGAUAAAGAAGAAGGCACUCAUUUAGAACGGAAAGGUAGUUUUAUAGAUCCUUCAAACAAAUUGUUGAGUACAAAUUAUAUUGUUAGCCCAAAAGACGAAGACUCAAAUCGCCGAGGCUCCCUAACAUUAGCAUCAACUGAGCCCCUAAUAUCUUCUAGAAAUUCUUUAUCACCACCAGGCACUGCUGGAAUUUCACCGAAAGAGAAAGAAUUCCCACAUUCAUUGCCUUCAACACCAAAAAAAUUAGAGGAAAUGGUUUACUCAGAUGAAAAAAAUGAAGAAAAACCAAUUGAUAAACAAAAACCACCAAAGCCAAAAAAUAAAGAAGAAGAGAAAGCUAAUAAAGAAAAAGAAGAAAAACAAACUAAGAAACCUUCGCCCGUUAAAGUAUCUGACGUUCCGACACCUACUUCUGGUGAGAUAGUAACCAGGGUUAUACAAGUAGAAAGAACUCCGAGUAAAAAGUUGAGUCAAGAUCAAAAACCAGUUGUAGAAGUUCGAGAACGAGUUUGUAGAACGCCGAGUAAAAAAUUGCCAUCAGAAGCUAAACCAAUACUAAAUAAACAAAUACAGAGCAAACAACCAGAGCCCCAGAGUAAGGUUCCUCCAGUAAAGCCAGCUAGAAGUAAAUCAGCAUCACGAUUUGCGAGUAAAACAAGUGAGAGUGAAAUGAGUGAAGAUCAAAUGUAUCAACAGAAUGUGAAUGGAAGUAGUACCAAGCGUAAGGUGGUUCCAACACCACGCCGUUUCAUAAAAAACAAGUCUCCUAGAGCGAAUCGUUCACACUCAGUUAAUAGAGUUGAAGAUGUAUCAGUCGACAAAACUGGUACAGGAAUGAGUCAGACUAGUCUAGAAAUAAUUGAACUAAUGCAAAAAGCUAGAGCUAGAAGCUUGUCAAUUCCUAAAGAAGACCCGAGAGUACCGCCCGAUUACAAAAAGUAUAGUAGAACUUUGCAAACUCCAAAUAAAACACCUGUUAAUUUGAGAGGCACACGAGGCAUAUCAUGCCCUAAAACGAUCCAGAUCAUAAGUGACCGUGAAAUUUUAUCAGGCUUGACAAGCAAAAAAGUGGAGGUUGGACAUAAAAAGCACAGCAGACAAAGUUCGGGCUAUGUUGAUGCUAGCCAGUCUGAAUAUACAUCUAGUUGCUAUUCGUCUUCACCAAGUGAAAACGAAUAUGAGUUUGAUCUUUUAGAAAGGUCCGCUGAAUUAACUCGCAAGCUUAACCUCUUAAGCCAAAGAGAAGAUAAAUUUGAUGCAAAGGCGAAUAUAAUUUUGAAUCAGAGUACUUUUGACGACAAUUAUAAAGAGCCCAAAUCUGUUUUAAGAAAGCGUUCUAUUGUAGACGCCAAAAAAGAUUCAAAUAUAGCAUCUAAAAACGAAGAAGCUAAAAAAUCUUCUAAACUAACGAAAGACGAUAGAAACGUAAAACCUAAAUUAUCGAGAUUUAAAUUUAUAGCUAAUUGGCAACAGUUCAAAUAUGAGUAUCGCAACGAUUGGGAGAAAUUAAAAAUACUAAGAAACAAGUGUAUAUGUGAUAUGUUAAUAUUGAUUAUUAUGUGUGGUUCAGGAGGUAUGAUGUUCAAGUCUUUGGAAGGUUCAUUUGAAAAUGCUUACAAAUGCAGUACUAGGAAUGUAAAACGUGAUUUUAUUGAGAGUCUAUGGCGUGGAAGUCAUUAUCUUAGAGAAGAUGAUUGGAAGUCAAUGGCUAGGAAGAAACUCUUUGAAUUUGAAGAUCAAUUGCAUACUGCACAUGAAGCAGGGGUGACGUCUUAUAGUGGACAACGAUCUUGGAAUUUCAUGAACUCAUUCGUGUACUGUAUGACUUUAAUCACGACUAUUGGUUAUGGUCACAUAGCUCCAAAAACAACGUAUGGCCGAGUUGCAACUAUAGUCUAUGCUAUAAUUGGCAUACCGCUGUUUCUUAUAGUCUUGGCUGAUUUUGGAAAACUAUUUACAAGGAUCAUAAAGUUCUUUUGGGCUUAUAUACGCAGAUUCUAUUAUACGAGAAGCUGUAGGAGGGUCAGGAGAACGGGACCAGUGCAGGAAGUAAUGAAAGGACUGAAUAUAGUCUACGAUGUUGUGCGUCGGCCGUCGCAAAUAUUUUCUGAAGAGGAUAUAGAGACGCUGCCAGAUGGUGCUGCACCGCCGAAAGUAGAAAGAAAACAGAGUGAUGUUCCACCACCCUUACCUCCAAAACCUGGUCAACAAAAAUCGGAAAUCGAUGGAGACCCAGACACCCCUGCCCCAUCUGUAUUUGAAAUCGACGAUGAGUUCAACUUGCCAAUUUCAGUAGCAAUCUUCAUACUAGUAGUUUAUAUUAUUAUAGGAGCUGUAGGUUAUAGCAUUUGGGAGACUUGGAAUUUCUUUGAAUCAUUUUACUUUGUAUUCGUAUCAAUGUCGACGAUAGGUUUAGGAGAUUUAGUGCCAGAUCACCCAAUGUUCAUGAUGGCUUCCAUAAUGUAUCUAGUCUUCGGUUUAGCUUUGACUUCCAUGUGUAUUAACGUUGUUCAAGUGAAAUUAUCUGAUACGUUUAAGCAAGCGAGUGCCAAAUUGGGGGCAACUAUUGGACUUAAAGUUGCUGAAGAAGAUGGCAGCCUUGUACCUAUAACGCCUCCACCUAUAGAAAUAGCGCCUGUACAUAAAGGCAAAAGUGAGAUUACUGAAGCAAAAACGGUGGAUAGUACGGACGAUGCCAAAAACAGAUAAGCAUUUUAGGUACGUUAAAAAUAUAAUUGAAUCUAAUUUAGUUUUAAGUGAUAGUGCUGUAACAGAGUUAUUUAGAUUUUAUAAGCUAUACACUUUAUUUAUGACGAUUUUUCUGUGUGUAAAUAAACGUUUUACAAUUUU